GCACAAUAUUCCUGAGAUUUAGCCAAUUUUUUUUGCAGCCGUUUCAGAAAAAAAUAACUAAGAUUUUGCAACUCUUCCAAAUAUUCAUCAUCUAAUGCAUCAUCCAAACACUUAACCUAGUCAGGGUCCGAACAUUUUUAAAUAAUUAUUUGUGAAUACAUUUUCUUGACGUAGGUCAGAUGCAUUGGUGUUAUUUGAUUCGUAGUACGCCACAGAAAACGCUGAGUAAAUUUAAGGAAAGACCUCACCGUGUAUGGGUGAAGUGAAUGCCGUGACAGAUAAGCAGUGUUUUGACAGUGAGCUCCGACACUGAGGUGAGUUCAGACUCUGCGGAGCGGCUGAGUACCGAGGUGCUGUGAGUAAUGCCUGCUUCCCCAGACGCCCCUUCUCUUAAGUAACCUCGCAAUUUUGGGCCAAGUACGUUUCUUUGCCGCACUGCACUUCCUGAGUCUCACUUCGCUGGGGACGUAGGGCAGCAGUAUCCAGCCCGUACUUUAUCCCGACUACCCUGUAAGGAGACUUUUAAUCGUGGAAAUACUUACAGUUUAUCUUCAGAAUUCUUUUGAAUGACCGUGAAAGCCGUGAGAUUCCUGCUGAAAGGAGCCUCGCCGUUCCGGAGUGACCAUGAGGGAUGAAGUUUGCGUAGCACGUUUCUUUAUUUCUCUCCUUCUCUCGCUGUCAGCUACUGUAUAUUGUCGACCAGCUCUGCCUCUCGAAUGCACCGCGGAUGGACACACCCUGCUUCAGAACCCAUACCGCAGCACCAGCUUCAGCUCUCAGCGGCUGCAGCAGUCCUCCCUGCAGGCCCUCGUGUGUGACCACUCUCUCGCACCAGGCUGGUACCAGUUCCAGAUCUUUGACAAGCCUGCCGUCAUGCCAACUGAAUGUGUUGAGGUGAACCACUGUGGGACACAGGCCCCGGUGUGGCUCUCACUCAGGGAGGGGGAGACACUGCCUGGCCCUCUCCAGAUUAAGCAGAUGACUGCCUGUGCUGCAUGGCAGUUCUAUUUCAGCAGCAGUAAGGACUGCUGCCUCUUCCGCAUCCCCGUGACCGUGCGGAACUGCGGGGACUUCUUUGUUUACCUGCUGCAGCCGACGCAGGGAUGCAUGGGCUAUUGCGCGCAGGAGAUGGCAAGUGGAAGGCCAGUUUCCUGUGCCCCUGAUGAGAUGGAUGUUGAUGGAACCUGUAGAGCUAAACAUCCAUCUUUGCCAUCAGCUCCCAAAAUCAACGCGAAUCUCUCGGGAAGCAAUAUUUACUUGAAGUGCAGUUUUGAGGCCCGGAAUGAAAACAGCUCCUUGGGUUUUAUCGUGACAUGGUCACGGAUGUCACCGGACGGCGGGAAGGAGGAGCUCAAACAGGAGACCACUGUGCAGACCUUCUCAUACAUUGAGCUGGAUGGAAUUAACCUGCGACUUGGGGAUAAGAUCUACUGCAGCUGCUCCAGCUUCUUUCUUGACACUCCAGAAAUACGAGGAACCCCAGUGGACAGUGAGGAGUUCUUCGCGGGAAUCAGGUUGAUUCCAGAAGUUACGUCUAUCUCUGAGGAUGGCAGGGAGUACACACUGACCGUGGAGAGUACAGUUCCCAUCCCCUGUUCCUCAAAGGGAUCUCCUGCGAAGGAGUGCGCUCUCACCUUACACCUGAGUGCCAGAAACCAAGGAGAGGAUCACCGGAGCCCAAAUGUGGCCCUGUCUUCCUGCUCUGUGGAGCUUCCACAGAUGCCUUGCUGGAAUGGGAUCUGCAGUGCUGCUGUGGUCCAUUUCUCUGCCGUGAUAGACUUUGUGCAGGACGGGGACCGAAGCACUGAGAUUUUGGUCCAGCCAAUCGGUAGUGAUAAUUUCCUGUGGAGGGGUUACACCCCACAGAUGAUCCAGAUUCAUGUGAAGGACGUGCCCUCCACCUACUGCUACUCUGUCAGUGAUCCACACGUGAUUACCCUUGAUGGCAGGAAGUAUGAUAAUUUCCAGACCGGGACUUUUGUUCUCUACAAGAGCACAGUGAGGGAGUUUGAAGUUCAUGUCCGUCAGUGGAAGUGUGGAGGCCUACAUUACCCAACAUCCUGUGCAUGCGGCUUCGCUGCCCGGGACGGUGGCAGCGUUCUCACUUUUGACAUGUGCAAUGGACAUUGGGGAAGCAGCAGGCCACAGCUGUCUGUGAAGAGCAGGGAUGCGGGUAGAAGUGUGCGCGUCACAGAGUCCUACGAGGGCAAGAAAGUGACGGUCAUAUUUUCAUCAGGGGCUUUUGUGCGAGCGGACGUGGCCGAAUGGGGGAUGAGCCUUAGCCUGCGAGCUCCUAGUUCCGAUUUUGGGCACACAGAGGGCUUGUGCGGGACCUUCGACGGGGACCCCCGCAAUGACUUUCACAGAGCGGGGGGCACCGCUGUCCAGGAUGCUUCCGAGUUCAUCGGCCUGUGGAGACUUCCCCCUGGCAGCAGCCUGUUUGAUAGCGUUCCGCACCAUGAAAAUUCGGAAAAUGUCAGGCACUACUGUGACUGCGAACAGGAAGCCUACAUGUCCAAGCUGCCCCCCGCUUCCACAACCUGUGCUCAUCCCGGCAAUGUGAGGUUCCCGUCGGUGAUACCUUUCCAGGACGUUACCGCGGAAUACUUAAGGUCGGUGCUGCCUGUGAGCGGCACGGACAAGAGUCAGGAAAAGCCCCCCUGGAAGAGGCAGGAAGUUCCCCCCAGCCAGGUCAGAGGAAUGAUGAACGAUAAAUCGUUUGAUAGCACUGGCAGGCUUGCCGGGCAGGGCAGCAGCUCCCACGCUGCCAGUGCCAGAUGGAAGCGGCAGAGCGGGGCUCCCGCCGUGGAGUUUUCACGCCAGAGUCUGACUCAGACCGACCUGGAGAGCCUCACCUACUACUUCCCUGAUGACCAUGUGGAAGAUGACCGGUCGGAGCCCUCGCUGCCACAGCCGCCCAUAUGGGGCCUGACCGCGGCCCGUACCAUGCAGCUCUGCCUCCAUGCUGUGGUCAAUUCCAGUGUGGCGAUGGCCUGUGGCCCCCUGCUGGCCGACACUCUGAAUGACGCAGUGUUGAUGUGCGUGGCUGACCUGCAGCUGAAGGACGACCGGAGCUGGCUGAGUGCUAGCCUGCCCCUGCUGCAAAACGAGUGCGAGAGGAGGCUGAUCCAGGACGCCGAGGGUGGCAAGUGGGAGUCCGCUGCGGCCCUUCUCAGGUGUCCUGAGCUGUGCAACCACAACGGUCACUGCUCUGACUCGGGCUGCCUGUGUUUCCCUGGGUUCGGGUCCCAUGACUGCAGCGUGCUCUCUGAUCAGAUCCCAGAAAUCGCGGAAUUGGAGAGCGCUGGCCUCUGUGAUGUCCGUCAGCGUGAGUGCGCCACCGUCAGAGUGUCUGGUCAGGGUUUCCGCGCCUCCACUAAGCUCAAGUGUGAAGUCGUGAAAGAAAAGCUUGUCAACGGCGAAUGGGGGCAGGAAGACCCGCAGUUAGUUUCUGCCUCCUUCCUGAGUCCUACGUCUUUGGACUGUCAGCUCCCAGUGGAAGGAAGACAAGUUCUUCACGGCCUGGAAGCAGGAACAAUCAACAGCAAACUGGUGGCUAGGUGGCAAAUUAAAGUUUCCAACGAUGGGCAUGGAUUUAGCAACGCCAAGGUCCUGACCCUUUUCGACGGAGCGUGUCAGAUCUGCCGACCUCAGACCGAGGGCCUCUGUACUCUGAGGGAGAAAACGUGCAACAUCGACGGCCUGUGUUACGGAGAAGGAGACCUCAACCCCACCAGCUCGUGUCUCAUCUGCCGCCCAGAUUCUUCGCAGUUUACGUGGUCUGUCGUUGAAGCAAACAAAGCCCCUGGGUUCCAGCCACCACAAGCCCAUCUGAGGACCUUCUAUGGGGAGAACUUUGUGUACCAGUUCCUAGCGUCAGAUCCUGAGGGCUCAGCGGUCCAGUUCACACUGGAGUCUGGACCGAAAGAUGCCGUUCUGUCCCCUGCUGGGCUGUUGAUUUGGAAAGUGACCUCAGCUUCUCCGCAGACCUUCGUGUUCACAGUUAUUGAUGACUGUAAUGCAGCCACCCGCGCUGUUGUAGAGGUUUUAGUGCGGUCAUGUGACUGCCUGAAUGGAGCUUCCUGCAUCACUAAUAUGAACUUUCCCCCUGGGAGUGGGGAGUACCUGUGUGUGUGCCCAGAUGGACGCCAGGGGGCGCAGUGUGGGGGUCGAUCAGGCAACUGCAAAUCCAACCCUUGUCACUUUGGCAGGUGUGUGGAUGGACUCAACUCUUACUCAUGUGUGUGUCCACCUGGAUUAACAGGCUUGUCUUGUGGGGAGGAUGUUGACGAAUGUGAGUCUGCACCAUGUUUCCCCCAAGCCGGUUGCAGUAACACUUUUGGCUCCUUCGUCUGUGGGCCCUGCCCAGUGGGAUACAGUGGAGAUGGGCGGAGCUGCAGCCGUAAGACAGAUGUGGAUGUGUCUGAAAGUAAAACAAAGACACCUACCAGAGAGUACCAGACAUUCCUGAGACCCAAAAUUAGCUCUGCUCCUUCGAAGCCCUGUGCUGUGAAGCCCUGCUUCCCCGGGGUUCAGUGCUUUGAAAGCCCCUACUUGUCUGCCGGUUUCACCUGUGGACCCUGCCCCCCUGGGCUCCAUGGCGACGGCCACACCUGUGCCCAAGACGUCCCAGUUGGGGAGAAGCCAUUCCGAUCUUCUGGCAAGCCGUGGGUCCUUAUUUCUGAGCAGAGCCAAGGCGGGUCUCAGCACGUGCCCACCGCGUCCUUCCCCCAACCUCGGAGGCCCCUAGACGGCCAGCGGUCAGCAGCCGGAAGCCACACAGUCCGUCUCCCAGGCCAAGAAGAACGCGAGGCCUCCCCCUCCAAUCUGACAUGUGCGGACGCACCCUGCUUUCCGGGAGUGCCCUGUGCGCCUUCUCCUACAGGGUCGUUUCAGUGUGGGCUCUGUCCAGACGGGUACACCGGCGACGGGAUUACCUGCAAAGCUGCUUGUCGGCACCCAUGCGGCCGGAAUAUGGAGUGCUCCCAGCCCAACACCUGUACCUGCAAAGAGGGCUACACCGGAUUCGGAUGCCACAUUGCUGUGUGCCGACCUGACUGCAAGAAUCGAGGCAAGUGCGUCAAACCGAAUGAGUGUGCCUGUGCCCUGGGCUACAGCGGAGCGACUUGCGAGGAAGCCAAAUGUGACCCGCCGUGUCAAAACGGAGGGUCGUGCCAGGCCAGAAACCUCUGCACCUGUCGGUACGGCCACGUGGGACCCAGAUGUGAAACGAUGGUGUGUAGCCGGCACUGUGAGAAUGGAGGCGAGUGUGUUUCCCCUGACGAGUGUAAGUGCAGGUCCGGCUGGUCCGGACCCACCUGCAGCUCAGCGGACUGCAAACCCGUGUGCCUGAACGGGGGAACUUGUGUGAAACCCAACAUCUGUGCCUGUCCCAUUGGCUUCUACGGAUCUCAGUGCCAGAUUGCUGUCUGCAGCCCACCAUGCAAAAACGGGGGUCAGUGCAUGAGGAACAACGUGUGCUCCUGUGCCGAGGGCUACACAGGGAAGAGGUGCCAGCACAGUGUGUGUGAUCCGGUUUGCAUGAACAAGGGCAAGUGUGUGGGCCCGAACACCUGCUCCUGUGCGUCCGGGUGGAAAGGGAAGAGAUGCAGUGUCCCCAUCUGCCACCAGACAUGCAGAAACGGUGGCGAGUGCGUGGGACCCAACACCUGUCACUGCCCGCCUGGAUGGGAAGGCCUGCAGUGCCAGAGCCCUGUGUGCAAGCAGAAGUGCCUGUACGGAGGCCGGUGCGUGCUGCCCGACUUCUGCCACUGCCGGGCGGGUUACGUCGGUGCCAGCUGCGGGAAAAAGGGAUAAAAGGUAGCACUGAGGAAACCUCUAAAGCAUGACUGAAAGAGGAACCUCUACGCUCAUGCAUAGGUGAGCAUCUGUGCCUUGAGACCCAGCUGUGAAUAAGUUGUGAUCCGGAACGGUCUGAGAGUCCUGUCACUACCUCAAAACCCCCGUGUGCAAGCAGUAUGUAUGUAUAGAUGAUCUACAUGGAUCGAUGGACGAUAUCUUUAUGGAAACAUAACUUUGCCUGUAAUAAAUACCUAUGUAGAUUACCUUUUUAUAUUUAUGUCAAGGCUAUAAUUACAGUAUGUACUGGGGGGACACAUCCCACCCCCAAUAUUCAGAUGUGCUCACAAUGGUCAUCCCCCCCGCAAUGUCUACCAAAAUAAAAAAUAUAUACAUAAAAAAACAAAUGUUACAACAGGCAACCAUGCACUGCCAUCCAAAAUACUAGGCUUCAUAUCUCAUCUGCAAUGUGAUUUUAUAUAAUUUUCUUUGAGUUAAUAAUCAAAUAAAUCAAUUUAACCUCCUGACAUUUUGACCGUUUCAGUUCAAAACACAUGAUGCAUAUAGACUAAUAUUCCUGAUAUGUCGCAAGAUUUUUUUUUUAGUUAUAUACAAAUCUGCUUGGCUUAAUUAACUUUUACAGUCAAACCGAGAAUUAAACAGGUCACAGACCACAUUAAGGGCAUUUUCAUAUGUACACAGAUUUCUGAGUAAAUGAAUGAUACAAAGCACAUUUAUUAAUAUUAAACUUUAUCCUUUCAUCCAUGCUUUCUUCAGCAUUAUUUGACAGCACCGGUCUCACCAUGUGAUAUAACCAUCAUGCUUUAACAGGGAAAGGUCCACAAACCAAAGCUGUAUCUUCAGCUCAGUGUUUGGGUCGCCUCACUGUGAGUGUGUGGGGUGCUGAAUGACCAGCGGCACUUACUGCUCUCUCAUUCAGCAUCCUGCAGGAACACCUUUCUUUGAUGCUGUUCUCCAGACUUUCAGGAGGAGCUACAUGUGAGGGUGGGAGGAAAUAGUGAGCGCUAUGCUUUAGCUCAAACAGACAAACGCACAGAGUGGGUCAAACGGCAAAAAGAGUGUCAUGCCUAAGUUGCUGUCCUCAAAGUUGAAAUGCGGGAUCUCUUGAAACUGCUGGUGGGACAGACGAAUACCCCAAACGCAGUGUUCCUCUGCGCCAUCGGUCUGCCGGUGGCGGUACAGCAGCACCAGGGCCGCCACCAUAACGGUCACAGCAACUGCAGCCACCGCCGCCAUUGCUGCUGCCACAAUCCACGCCUUGUCCCGCGUACCAGUAUCUGGGCUCCUGCAGCCACAAGGAACCGCUUCCUCCUCCAAAAAGCUGCCAGCCGCCAGGGACAGGAUGAGGAAGAUGGGGAGUAGUGAAAUCAAUGCCAUCGCUGGCGCAAAGACAAAUGGAAAACAGAAUUAUUUUAUAGGUGAUCAGUGUGCAGGACACAUCACAAGUCACAAACUGCCCGUCCUGAUGUCUGAGCAGCAGUCUGUGAGUGUUCAUGCUGCUGUAUUGGUAGCUCCAUUGCUUCACUUAUUACUUUUUUUUUUUUAGUAAGCACAAAGAUGGCAGUGAGAGUAACAGACUGCAUCAGUGUGUGUGUACUAACAGCAAUGGGCAGAUUAGAUGGAAGCAUAAAAGGACAGGUCUGGGAGCACUGGAACUCCAAAAAGUGUCCUAGAGACUGUGGCAUAGGCGUGAGCGGGGGGACCCCUGUGCCUGUUAGACUGCUGGACAUCCAUGCUGCAGCAUUGUAAAAAGCUGCUGAUUUUCAGUGGGCUAUGAUGCAUUUAAAUCUGACCCCUUUUCUAAUCAUUACAUCUGUCCCGCCGAUACCAGAGAAAAUUAAAAACGUUCUUAUGUUAUUCCGCCACUCAGCCCUUCCCCAGUUGACAUCCCCUCACCAUCGCUGUACCUUAUAGUCUAUUAUGCCAAUGUUUUCAUAUUUCGGAUAUGAACGCAUCUAAUGUGCCCCCCCCCAGCCCAGGAUUUGUAAACUCCUUAGUUGUGUGUUCAAAUCUCGUCUCUUCUGUUUUUGUAUUUUUGUAGAUUUUGUUCCCUAGUGCUUAAUUUUUAUUGUUAUUUCUAGUUGUCUAGAAAACACAAUGACAUUUCAAACAUUUAAUAAAAUCGGUUUUAACAGU